CAGUCGAAUAAAGUUGUGGGCGCGUGCCAUCGAUGUACACACGUUUUGGCAUGGGCGAGCGCCGUAAUAGACGCAGAGCCGGCUAAGAGGUGGCUUUGUUCGUGGUUGCCGAAAGCACGGAAAGAACCCUAACCCAGGCUUCUGCCGAAUUUGGAAUUAUCACACACAAAAAGCUUCUCAGACGCUCUAAACUGCCCAGUAUCUGCACUGACCCGCGUGCACCGAGAGUCAACGUCCAACGUCAACGUUGUCAUUUCCGACACGCUCUUCUCGCCUUUCCUCGACCGCCCAUCUCCAUUCUCGGCACCGCACAGAGCAAACACCGAAGGAGGUAUACACCUGACAUGGACGUACUCAGCAUGAAAACACCACCCCUCACGCCACGCAGGCGCAAGCCACUCGUCACAUAUCAGUCCCCGUCAGCCGACAAAGCCAAUGGGGUGACGAAGCCACUGUCCAAGCUCUCGCACAAUCUCGCCCCCAUCCCCGUCGCCUCGUGCUCGAAAUCCUCAGUUUCUAGCCCCAACAUAAUUGUACGAGCGAGCGGCGUACCUCGCAAGCGGUACCCUAUGGACCCUCCCCUGCCUCUGUACCACCCCAUGGGCCCUCUGGCGAUGUCGCUCCCCUUAUUGCCACCCUCCCAUUUCGGCCACCCCGACCCGGAGCCGGUGAUCACGCCCAUCGACGAGCUCAUCGUCGACGCCAGCCGGCGCUCGUCGGCCCGCUCGCGCCGCCCGGUGGCGAAAAUGCGCGACACGGCCGUCGAUCGGGAGGGCGAGGACGGGAGCGCCUCGCCGGCGCCCUCGCUGCCGAACGUCGGUGCCAUCGCCGCUGCCGCCGCGCUCGAGAUCAAGGAGAAGCCCAGCCCGAGGAAGCGGCGCGGGGCGGCGGCUGCGGCGGGGGCGGGCGUCGUGAAUGGGGUCAACGGGAAGCGCAAGCGCAAGGACGCUGAGGACGAUGCGACGUACCCUGCGAAGCGGACGCGGCCGACGCGCGGUGCCGCUGCGUCGCUUGGGGCUGAUGAGUCGGGCGAUGAUGAGUCGACGGGGCUGUUAGCCGAGUCUGCUAUGACGCGGGAGCCGACCGAGGAAGCCGAGGAGAUCACGCGCCCCGAGCGGAGAUCGACGCGCUCGAGCGUGCGGCGCCGGGACUCGACCGCCAGCGCGAGCGAGGAGACGACUGCGUCGGUGCCCGCUGCGAGCCAGGUUGAUGCCGUCGUCGAGGAGCCCAUGAUGCCCAUCCACGAAUUCGCGAUGAGGAAUGCGAAAGAAGAAGGGGAAGUCAGCGAAGAUGCCACUUGAUGUCUUGCGUGUAGCCGUGUGUAAUAGUCUGUGCCUGUGUCUGUGUCUCUGUAUUCGUUGUACGACUGCUGUAUCAUAGAGCAGAAUUGUUGUGAUUUUUUCUUCAUUGUUCGAGCUCCUCGCUUCGUGUGCAGAAAUGAAAUGCUUGGCCUCGCUUGUCAAAUUGCCACACACGCGAGCUUGACAGGUGCGUAUGCUCUCACACCCUCGCCGGACCGUGUGACAAACCCAGCUCGGGGCUGCUUCGAGCUUCUGGCGUCAUCUUUGCCGCUGGACACCGAGCCGACCAAUGGGAUCGGGCGCUGUAAUCGAUGCAAGCAGGGAGCCGGUCCG